AUGUUGCCGAGCAAAGCACGAAUCAACACAUUUCCCCUGUCACCAACCGUUGACCCUGCUGUACAACACGUACAACAGUCUGGCAAUGUAACACAAAACUUGGUGCAACAAGGACAAAUUGUCACGCAACAAGAUCAAACUGCUCAGAAAGAAUCACCACAAGCCGUACAACCAAAGCAACCAAUAACACAACAAAGUCACGGACAACUUCAGCGAACUAAAUCUGAUUCGAAUUCCGCCGAUGAGAACUCGACCCCACACCGCAAGAUAUCAUUGGGAAUACCAAGGGUAAGAGGACAACCCAGGCAGAAAAGCCUUUUAGACACUCCCCAUUGGGCUAUUCUUCCUCCUCCGAGUAAAUUUACCACAGAUACCCCGGAGGAGGUGGUGAGAAGUGGACAGUUUGUACCUACCGGAACUAUUAUUACCGCUGAAACCAGUGAUCGCAGUGAACGAGCUGGACUCGAAAGAACUGCUCCAACGACUCGUGGAUAUUCUGAUUCUGACUCCAGUUCUAGUGAAAACGAUCAACCUAAAGAUAUUAGAGGCAGGGAUCAGUCACGUGACAUCGACUCUGUAUCUUCGUCGUCCAGUCACAGCAGUAGUAAUGCACUACGAGCAAGUCGGGAAUCUGUUGAUGGUGAAAAUAGACUCACCGUAGUUGCCCCUGUUCCACCCCCGAGAAGAAAACCUGCUCACUCAAGAUCUUCUUCUCUCGAUCUACAAAAGUUAUUUAACAAAGGUGGAAACUCGUUGUCUUUGCAGAAGUACGGAGAUCAUGGCAAAGACACCUCUCAAGGUAAUCAAGAAAACUUCGCUAAUUUUGAAGAUUUCAAUAAUAAAGUGGAAAACUUGACUCGUGCAAGUGAAAACCCACCAAGAUUUGGUCAUCGACGAUCUGCUUCACUUGAUAGUACACAUUCAGCUUCAGUCGAACAACCUUCACAACCGACAACCACCGAGGACGUGAAAGUCGAAGAUGUAUCAAACAUUAAUUCUCGAUUUCAUUCUCCUGGGUCAGUACCAAGACCUGUACCAAGAAAGAAGGCUGGUGGUCCUCCACCUCCAUUGAAUAGACAGGAUAACAGUUCUGAUUCCAUACCGGAGAAAGAAAAAAAAAUCUCAAAAGAGCCAAUUCAUUUUGUUGUAAGACCAGUCACCAGACUUGAACAACUUCAUGCAAAAAUCCGAGAUUUAAAAUCAAAGAACACGAGAUUGUCAAAAAUAAAUAACGACCUUCAACAGGAAGUGAAAGAGAUGAUGGAAGCAAGAGUAAGUCUUGAAAGCUCUCUCGAACAAUUAAAGCCUUUUCCAAAGUAGUUUGAAGAUUUUGCGAAUAAGAAAUGAUCGACGAAUAGAUCCGCGAUAGUUUCAUAAAAAGAACAGCCUUCUAAAAUGAGCUUUACACCAAGUGCAUAUUGUAGAUAUGAUGAACUGUUGCGUGUUGCGAAAUAUGGCAAGCAAAGUUCUAGAUUUCGUCGAAAACCAAUAUUCUUGGCUUACGACGAAGACAAUUGUUACAGUGUAACCUAUAUAUAUAUACAACUAAGAGAAUUUGCAAAACACUUACGUUGGUUUUAUUCCGAUGUCUGUGUUAGUUAGAGAUGUCUCUUACAUAAAACGCAAUAAACGAGUGUGUAAUUGGAUUUCAAGUAAUUAUUUACAUUUUAGAAGCGUCUCUGUGGAAGUUUUGUUUUGUUACAUGGUUAUGUCAAUAUUCCUAUUUUUAAAAAAAGUCUUUUCUUUGCAAGGCAUAUUUGUUCUUGCGAACAAAAAGUAGUGUUCAUUGGGCGCCAAAAAUGUGACAAAAAAUCGACUCGUUGUUUUCAGUUAUAUUUCUGUUCGCUCGCGAACACCGAGAAAGAAAAUUGAUCGUUUUUUAUGUACAGUUCUUUCGCGCUGGUUUAAUUUUACAGACUUCUGUUCAGUUGUCUUUGAUAUGUCCAACAUGUUGUGUGUCUUUCGCAUUGAAAUGAUUUAUUUCGCUAUCGCUUGCAAUACGUUAUUUUGUACUUAUCUAUAAAUGCAGGAAAUUUUUUCAUAAAUAAAGUUAUAGGCAACCUAUAAUUUUGUCUUAGAUAAAGUAAAGGGAGCCUGUCACCGUAAACUUAUUUAUUUUAGUUGAAAAUACGAAUAGUAUAGGAAUUUGUAUAUAUACACAAGAAUAAAUAAGUGAAAUUUGUAA